GAUUUACUGUAAGGUUCAUUUGAUUGUCUACAGUUAUUAUUACUCCGCCAAGGAGGCGGAGCAUCUGCAGUUAUGUGACAACUGGCAUUGGUUUAUCUGUCUGUCAGCAACAUUACUCAGAGCACCUGAGGCGGAGACUGGUGUUCGUUUUCUGCCUGGUAACAGCUGAUGCUGCAGGUCACAUGAUCCUGUUCUGUUUUAAACAGCUGCUGACAGUCAAACAGAAUCAGUGUUAGUUUACACAGGAUCAUGGCUUCAUCCUCUGUCACCUUCUUGCUUCUCUUCAUCAUUGUCCACUUAGCAGAUGGAUUUAUGCAUUAUUCUAUGAAACAUUGUGCAUUUAACUCCACUGAGCUGAAGGACAUUGAGUAUAUCCACUCUUUCUAUUACAACAAACUGGAAUAUUUGAGGUUCAGCAGCAGUUUGGGGAAGUUUGUUGGAUACACUGAGUUUGGAGUGAAGACUGCAGAACAAUGGAACAAUGAUCCUGCAAUGGUAAACAACGAGAGAGCUCAGAAGGAGGUGUACUGUCUCCCAAACACUGAGAUAUGGUACAGAAAUGUUCUGUCUAAAUCAGUUAUGCCCUACGUGGUCCUGCACUCCACGGCGCCUCCUCCUAAACAACAUCCAGCCGUGUUGGUCUGCAGUGUCUACGACUUCUACCCCAAACAAAUCAAAGUGAUCUGGUUCAGAGACGAACAGGAGGUCACCUCAGGAGUCUCCUCUACUGGUGUGAUGGAGAACGGUGACUGGUACUACCAGAUCCACUCUAGCCUGGUGUACACACCCAGGAAUGGAGAGAAGAUCUCUUGUGUGGUGGAACAUGCCAGCCUGAAAGAACCUCUGAGGACCUACUGGGAUCCGUCCAUGCCUAAGUCAGAUAAAGAAAAGAUUGCCAUCGGAGCCUCAGCACUGAUUCUGGGUCUGGUCUUUGGUCUGGCUGGAUUCAUCUACUACAGGAACCACACCCCAGAUCCGUUUUUGCUUGAUUCAAAGAAGUCCAAGAACACCAUUAAAGGAUCCAAGGACAUAUUCUGGAUCCUUCCUAACUGAGGAAAGAUUCUGGUCCUGAUCCUGAUUCUGUCUGUCAGAUGACAGAAAAUAUCGUUGCUGCUUAAACCUGCUUUCAAAUGAUCCUUUCUGGACUGGACUCUCUAAACCUGGUCCAGGACUGAAGUCUGAAGCUCAGCUGGCCUGGACCUGGUCCAGAACCACCACAGUGUGAAUCCAGUCCUGCUGGUUGAUGCAGGUGUUUCAGUGGAGUACUCUGGUCCAGUCCUGGAUCAGGUUUAAUGUGGACUCUGAUGUAACAGCUGGACCUGGUCUCUGCUGCUUCACUGUGUUGAAUGAAUCAUUUUCAGCCUUUUCUGUCUGCAGAACAACAGCUUUGAAAUCACUUGUUAGCAAAUGUUUGACUGAUUGUAGCUGCAGCUCCACUGAUUGACAUUUAUCCUUUUUAACUGUAUGAUUUUAAUAAACUGUGACACAAUCUGA